CCUCGUCAAUGACUUUUCUUAUCUGAUAUGCCAAAGCCACUACAGAAGUUGCUUCUUCAGUACAUCACAAGCAGGGACGAAUUUUGUUUAGUGAGAGAACAAGCGUGUAUCGCGUUUUGCAACAUCCUCAAAAACUGCAACUCUAUGACUUUUCACUUUGUGAUGAUUCUUUACAACCACAAGCUAUCCUGAUACAUGCCGAGCAAUGCAACAUCUAUCAUGAAAUCAGCGUUCUGUGUUCAAAUAUCUAUACGUCGACUACUUUAGAUGCGGAAGAGUCGGAAUGUCAAGGAAACAACGGCAAAUUUGUAAUCUAGUUGCACUUCAUUGGUACCGCGCACCGUAUCGCACUUAUACAACUGUCAGAAUGAAUUACAACUCUUUUCCGGCAGAGUUUCGGAAAUAACAGAUGUGGACAAUCCUUUGCAAUCAGUAGCGACGCCUUCGCUUAUUACAGCUGCUUGUAAUUUAUUGAAUAAUUUAAUAUUUGUCGGACAACACCAGGUUGUACGACAAGUCUACGAAUAUUCCAUCGAUAUAUAAGUAUUUAUUCGGGUGUUUGAUUAAGAUUUCGAAGGAUAUCAGGAGCAGGAAGGAAGAGUCUGAGUCAUUAUUCUGAUACGCUGGAAAUGUACAUCAGCAUCUGCACAGUUUUAACAAAUUGCAUCACGCAUAGCAACAAGUACGCAGCCGUCGUACUCUUUUCUCCGGACUCGCUUUAUAUUCUAUUUUGCUUCUUAAAUAUCGAUUUAUACCAGUCUGCCGAACUGCACCUGAUAUACCUGCGUAACAGACUUUGGACGGAAAUCUACAUCUUCGUGGCUGUGCUUUCGUUAACGGAGGAUCAACAUUUUCCCAUUCAAGAAGCCAUUCAAAGCGCGUUAUAAUUGUGCGGGCCUGAAACGGUCCUGGCUUCCAUUUGUCUUGCGAUAAAGGACUCUACGACUGAUCUGAGAAUGAGCGCCAUUAGUGCCUUAGCUUUUCUACUGUCCCACGAGAUUCAAAAAGAUUUCUUGGGAAGAAGCGGUACCUUUCUAUUACAAACCGUGCUCAAUACUAAUGUGGCACAUGUCUCGAUCGAAAGCAAAGAUAGUGGUUUGCGAGAUAUAUCGAACGUCAACAAAUUAUCAAUAAGAGACGCGAAUGUGCAUUCAAGAAAAUCAAACGAGAGCGAGAAAGAUUUGCGUACGAAAGACGAUCAGCUACCAGAUCAAGGACAAACUACCAUAAGAGGCGAAUUAUGUGAACUGUUACUGCAUCUUUUCAUCGCUCAUAGUUACACGAAAUCCAAAAAAAGCAGCAAACAAUCGGAGGAUAAAGAUCUUAUUGUAGGUGCCCUUACUAAUUUACUAUACGUGUCGAAGAAGGCAAAGCGAGCGGCAUACGGGGUAAUCUUCCCGAGACCGCGUUAAUGAUCCUAAAAGAAUUGUAUGUUGAGCUGAAUCUUCAACCGUUUGAGCUUUACAAAAAGCAAGCGGAGAAAAAGGCAGGGAAAGACUUUAAUACAUGGAAUUUCGAUCAUAAUUUCCUGUAUGAAUUUGUAAAAACCUAUCUUAUUUUUAUUGCACAGACUCAUCCUUUGUUGCACGAUGUGAAUUGUACCUUCAUACCUCUGAUGAACUUCAUGUGCAGAGAUGUACGUGUUAAAGAAACCCUGACGAAAGAGGGCUUAGCGGACGUGGUGCACAAGUUAUGGGCCUGAAUAGCGUUAAAUAAAACAGUGUCAACGUCUGCUUUAAAAUUGCUAGCGACAUUCACAACAAAAUGUAACGUUGCCGCACAGUCUUUAACAUUAACGACGAUAUUACCGGGAAAUGGAUUAAGGAAAACGCCAAAUACGCUCGCGCUGAUACAUGUCAUCAUACAAGUAACGUGCAAAGAAAUUGAAAGGGCCGGUCAAAUUUUCGAUAAUCACAAGAUGCACUUCGCCUUCCACAUUCUGCGAAAUGCGGUGCAUGUUCACGAGUGUAGAGUCUGCAUUUCGAAGCCUGCAUGUGUAUCUCAGAGACGUAGCAGGGAACAUGAUGCGGAGCGUUAGAGGAUAUAACAUUGCUAUAAAUCUACAAGAUCAGAGUUUGAUCGAGGUCUGCCUGCCUGAUACAGAGGCCUGCAUGAGCAGUACAACUGACUGUGAGCACAGUCCUUUUCUCGACAACUCAAAAGAAAAUGAGGAUAAUCAACAAGCUGCUAUUGUUCAACCUUCGACUUUAUCUACUGUUCUUCCACCUGAAGGCAAUUCACAACCGAAGAAAAGCAAAACCCAAACUGCUUCAAAUGUUGCAAUAUGGACAGAUCAGUUGGUUGUAAGAAACCUCAUACACUUCUGGUCUGCGAAUCAAGAAUUGUUCGCAAACACUUUAAUGAAAAACGAUGAUGUAUGGAAAAUAGUUGCCGAGGAACUAAAUACACUUAAAAAGACACAUUAUUCUUUAGAUCAGUUAAAAAUAAAAUGAGAGUUAAAGCAAAAAUACACUGAAAC